AUGAGACAAUUGGACGAGUUGACUCCUCAAGAGUGGAACAAGUUUCUCAGCGAGUUCCUUAUAAUGGUUCACAAAAAAGAAGACAAUGAGGAAUACGAACCUAAUUCCUUAAUGGCAUUCUUCACUAGCUUUGAGCAUCAUUUGAAGAAAAAAAACUAUGGACUUUGCCUUACGAAAGACGUCCAAUUUGAGCAAACUCAGAAAGGGCUUCAGUCAAAGCAAAGGGAUCUAAAACGGAAAGGCAAGGGCAACAAGCCUAAUGUUUCUGUUAGUUUAAGUGAGGAAGAUAUUGAAGUUUUGUAUGAAAAGGAUCUCUUGAAGAAGAAGCGCUUUUAAACACCGUGUGGUUCAACAACACAAUCCAUUUCGGGUUACGAGGCUGCAAGGAGCACAGAGAGAUGUGUUAGGAAGAUGAAAAACUUUGUCAAACUUCCACAGGGCAGGAGUUAUUUGAAUUCAAUGAAAGAGAAACCAAAACUCCUUCAGGAAAUGAUCCUCGGAAUGUAAGAGCCAUUGCACCAAAAAUCAUUGCUGUGCCGAACAAUGAGAAAUGUCCAGUAAAGGCCUACAAAGUAUACGCAGAAAAGCGACCUGCGGAAAUGAAAACCGACGAUGCACCAUUUUACUUGGCAGUAAACAAUGUAAAAUCUGGUUCCAGCAAACCUUGGUUCAAAAAAGCUCCAGUCGGAGUAAAUAAGCUUAAUACCGUAAUGAAAACUAUGGCACAGAAAUUUAGCUGGACAUGGGCCAAACUUCAAAAACCACAGCGGCAGAAAAACUAUGAUUCAAACUUUAGUCAACAACGACAUGCCGCCAACUGA